GUUUGUUUUAUUCUUAACGAUAUGAAGUGUGCGGUAUUCAGUAUUGAGUUUUUCGUAGUAUUAAUAUUUUUUUGGAUACAAAAUGCGUCGGCUAAAGACAAAGUUAAUAAUGUCAAGAAAUUAUCAAAUUACAAUUCAAAGACACCACAUAUUCUAUUACUUGUAAAGAAGACCGUUGACUCUAUCAAGGAACUUAAUUCUGAUAGCAAUGAUGUUAAAGCACCUGAUAUCAAUCCGGUUGAUCCGCCGCAUGACCAGAAAUACUACAAUCUGUACGCUGCUUUAAGGACAGCUCAAGAGAGUGAAGACAUAGAUGACGAAGCACAUGAUGUAUUCGAGAAGACGAAAGAUGUUCUUCGGGAAGCACUCCGUUCCAGAUGCAAUAGACUGGACACGUGUGUACGAAAAUGUCCUAGAAAAAAGAAGUACACUUGUACUCUGACUUGCAAGGAAAUUAUUGAUGAUUACAAUGUUUGUGAAAAACCGAAAAAGAAUGAAUGCAAGAAACCGAAGUGCGGUAAAACUAUGCCACCGUCUUGGCUUUUGAGAAAGUAAAACUUUAAAUAAUA